GCCAUGUGCUCCGGAAGCAAACCCCACACAGGGAGGUGACUCAGAUGCUUGCUGCCCUCAGAGGAGGGCUGCUUUGAAGAACCAGGAGGCCCCUGCCCACUGCUGCCCAAGCCGAUUCUAUCAUGACGGCCAUCCGACUACGCGAAUUUGUAGAGCGUCGUCCAGUGGCUCCACCUAGCAUAUUUAUCAGUCACCAAGGAAAGGACAUCAGAGGUUAUUAUCCCGGGCAACUGGCAAGACUCCAUUUUGACCACAGCGUGAAAAGGGAUCCAAGACCCCUCAUAGACUUGGCAAUUCCACCCAAGAGCCAAGCUCCGUAUCAGCCUCAACUCGACCAGCAAACACUCAUUCGAUACAUUUGUUUUAGAAGAUUGUCAAGGCCUACAGCCACAUGGUAUAAUCAAUCUACUUACCUGAGAGACUACUCCCUGCCAUUUUAUGACACUGGUUUGGAUCAUAAAGUAGGCACAAUUUUAUCAAAUCCUAGACCACUCAAUUCACUGCCGGAAGUCUACUGCUGUGACAAGAGAAGCGGCUUUGCAAGGAGCACUUCCUAAAACUAACAUAAGCAUGGUAUUCCAAGAAAACAACUGUGGGCAUUUCUUAGUGAGUAAAUUCAUGGGAACAGCACUGCCUUUCAGUGUGUAUACAGACGGAUCUAAUCCCAGACAAAUUUUGUGUUGACAAUUCUCCUCAGGGGAGAUUGGUCGGACGUCAAGAUCCAACCUCGAGAAUGUUUGUCAUCUUAGAAGGGGCUAACGGUGCAAUACAGCGCUUGCCUGCACCACCACAUGGAAGGGAAAUAAAAAAUGCGUCCAUGUCCUAA